AUGUCGUCAAGAAAUGGCUCCAAAACUUCAAUAGCUCCUCCAAAGUAUCAAUCAGAAGAUGGGAGUGUCAGAGGUGAAAAGAGCAGUGGUAGUAUCGAAAGUAGAAAAAGGGGGGGCGAUGAUAUAAGCGAGCAACGAGAGAAAAGGGGUACUAGUGUAAGAGAUGGAAGGGAAAAACGCGAUGAUAGCUCUACGAUGGUGGAUGAUCAGGAUGAUAGCGAUGCAAGCGACGGAAGUGAAGGCAGUGACGGAAGUUACGGGAGUGAUGGCAGCGAUGGAAGUGAUGGCAGUGAUAGGAGCGACGGAAGUAAUGGAAGCAACAGAAGCGGUGAAAGCCGAGGAAGCAAAAAACCCGCCCCGAAAACGGCUCACCACAACGAAAGAACGAAAGAAAAAUCCAAUGGAAAGAAGUAA